UGGUAAACCUUGUCUUCCAUACAAAAUAAUAAUUUUGGAUGAGGCUGACUCGAUGACCAGUGCAGCCCAAGCUGCCCUUAGGCGCACCAUGGAGAAACAGUCAAAGACAACCCGUUUCUGCCUCAUCUGCAACUAUGUUUCUCGCAUUAUUGAGCCUCUCACAUCGAGAUGUUCCAAGUUUCGCUUUAAACCCUUAGCACAUGAUAUAAUGGUGAAGCGACUGUCUUACAUAUGUGAAGAAGAGAAUGUCAAAUAUGAAGAGGGUGCUCGGGAGGUAGUCAUUGAAACAGUAAGGAACCGCGAAGACUAUUACAACAUACAAUCAGCUGCCGACUUCGAAGG